AUGACAAGAAAAAGAUCAAUAUCAAGUGUAAUUCAUGAAAAGUUAACUACUUUUCGACUAAUUGCUAAGCCAACUAGCAGAAAAAGGCUGAAAGUUUCUUGUCUUUCUCAGGAAGAUAUCAAAUUACUUCAACCAAAUGUUGAAAAUAAACAAGAUGAAGAGACUUUAACAACUUUAGCUGCUUUAGGACAAACUUUUAACUAA